AUGCAGUUACAAUUGUAUGUCUGUAAUGUGCCAAUUGUACAUCACCAGACUAACUGUUGGAGCGCAGGCGUGAUCUUCUACACUCUUUUGGCUGGAUCUCCACCUUUCUGGCACAGGAAACAAAUGCUGAUGCUUCGAAUGAUUCUUGCAAAAAAAUACGAAUUCAGUUCUCCGGAGUGGGAUGACCGCUCGGACACUGUCAAAGACUUGAUUUCCAGGUUAUUAGUUGUGGACCCACAAAGUCGUUAUACAGCGACAGAAGCCCUCAAUCACCCGUUCUUCCAGCAGUACGUGGAUGCAGAAGUACGGCAUUUCAGCCCUUACAGGAUGCUCAAGGUUAUUUGUAUGACCGUACUUGCCGCCAUGCGUAUCUACUGCAACUAUCGUCGUGCCAAACCUGUCACCAAGGAAGUGAUCUGCAGUGACCCAUAUGCCAUCAAACCUCUACGCAAGAUGAUCGACGCAUGCGCCUUCAAGAUCUACGGCCACUGGGUGAAGAAAGGGCCAACUCAGAACAGAGCAGCUUUAUUUGAGAACACUCCAAAAGUCAUGCUCUCCAUUGCAGCUGAGGAGAUGGAUGUGUCACCCAGGACUUGGUGAGGGGUCAUCAUCUCUGAAUAAUCCCAGAUAGCACAAUUUACCUCAAGAACAUGUUGAUAACAGUCCAAAAAUACACCUCUACUGCUAUGACGGAUUAUUUCCACCUUAUUUACACAGUGAAAAGGAAAUAAUAUUGUUA